AUCUAUUCUUAGAGGCCAUCUGAGAAUGGAGCUUCAAGGUGACAGACAGCAGAGCAUCAAUAAGUAAGAAGCCUGGUCUCUACCAGGGGCGAAAGGGACUUCUGUCAUCAUUUUAGGGUGGCCCUUUGUUUUAUAAACAGAGGAGCUGAACAGAGAAAGCGGGGAUUUGUCCCAGUCACACACCGCUGCUUCCUGGCCCGGGUCUGGACUCUGAGUCUGUCCACUUUGAGCUCAUUUCACCAUAGACCGUCUUGCCUCAGAGCCAGGCUACACUGUAUGCCUGAUUGCCAAACCUGCCCCAACCAAGAACAAAAGAAACCUCCCACAAGAUGAAGAGAUACGUUUUCUGACCAGAGUCCAGGAUCCUCUGGGCCUGUUCAGCCUGCUCUCCCAUUGGCUCCUGGGACCCACCCCUUUGGGUUCCUCCCCUUGCCUCACAGCUCUCUGAGAGAAGACGUUCCUUGGGAGACUCCAGCACUAUGACUGACAAGCCAGUCCUCUACUCCUAUUUCCGAAGCUCCUGUUCAUGGAGAGUUCGAAUCGCUCUGGCACUGAAAGGCAUCGACUACGAGACGGUGCCCAUCAACCUCGUAAAGGAUGGGGGCCAGCAGUUCUCUGAGGAUUUUCAGACCCUGAAUCCCAUGAAGCAAGUGCCAGCCCUGAAGAUUGAUGGAAUCGUCAUUGGCCAGUCACUGGCCAUCAUGGAGUACCUGGAAGAGACGCGGCCCACCCCACGUCUCCUGCCUCAGGACCCACAGAAAAAAGCCAUUGUGCGCAUGAUCUCCGACCUCAUCGCUAGUGGCAUCCAGCCCCUUCAGAACCUGUCUGUCCUGAAGCAAGUGGGGCAGGAGAAGCAGUUGCCUUGGGCCCAGAAGGUUAUCACUUCCGGCUUUAAUGCUCUGGAGCAGAUUCUGCAGAGCACGGCCGGGAAGUACUGUGUGGGAGAUGAGGUGACCAUGGCUGAUGUGUGCCUGGCGCCCCAGGUGGCAAAUGCUGAAAGGUUCAAGGUGGACCUCAGCCCCUACCCUACCAUCAGUCACAUCAACAAGGCCCUGCUGGCCUUAGAGGCUUUCCAGGUGUCUCACCCCUGUCGACAGCCAGAUACACCUGCUGAGCUGAGGACCUAGCUCCCUCACCAUGCCCAUCGGUACAGGGAGGAGAAUGGGGCCCCGAUGCUGGGUGAGCCCAACAGGCUCAGCAGUGAGUGAGUUGUAGAAGAGGACUUGAACUUGACCUCUUCCCUCAGGAAGCAGCAGAAGCUCUUUGAGGUCCCCAUCCAGUAUUAGAGUUUUCUCUAGAGAAUUGAAAUUAGUAGACUCUGUCUCCCCUUCAACUUGACCCUGCCUUAAUCCUCUCAUCUGUCGUAUGUUAGGAGUGGGCAUGGGCAGAGACAGGACCAGCUGUAAUGGCUAAUGCUGUCAACUUGAAAAAACGCCUAGAGUCACCUGGGAGAAUGUCUGUGGGGGUUAGAUUGGUAAUGCUGAGGUAGGAAGACUCGCCCAUCAUGGAUGGUAGAGGACCCCCUAGGCGGAGGAUCCUGGAGCCUGGGAGAGGAGAGGAGAGGGAGCUGAGCACUGGUGUGUACGCAUUCGCCGCUGUCUUCUCCUGACUGUGGAUGCAGUAUGAUCAGCGGCUCCCACCGAUGCCUUGACUUCCCCGCCGUUAUAGACUGUAACCUGAAACCGUGAGCUAAAAUAAACCUUUUUCCUUUA